GGUUAAACCAUUUUGUGUCACUUUUUUUAUUAUGCGGAUGCGGUUUUCGCUUGUUAUCUGAAUUUUAUGUUGAAGGUGAUAUUGCGAUCACUUUUGAGAAUUAGGUUCUCUGAGAUAUGUUAAAUAGUCAUAGCAAUGGGAGAUAGUGAUGAAGAAUAUGAUAGACGUCGUGCCCGUGAUAAAUUUCGUAGAGAAAGAAGUGAUUAUCAGGAACGAGGACGUGAUGACAGAGGAAGAAGAGAUGACUGGUCAGAAAGGGAUGGUAGGGGCAGCAGGCGUGAAUACAGAGAUUAUGAUCCUCGAAAUCGUCGGGACAGGUAUAGUCCUGCGAGGCAUGAAAUUAGUCCACCGAUGAAAAGAAUGAGAAGAGAUUGGGAGGAUCGUGGUGGUGGUGGUGGUUACGGAAAUAACUUUGAUGGAAAUUAUCCUGGUGGUGGAAUGAUGGGAGGCAUGCAUUCUGGGUGGAAUAUGCACAAUCAAAUGAAUUCUCAGCGGGAAGAAUCCGGUCUUACUCAGCCACCAAUGAUGACUUUUAAGCAAUUCUUGUCUUCUCAAGAUGAUGGAAUAGAUGAUCAGGAGGCUGUGAAAAAAUACAAUGAAUAUAAAUUGGAAUUUAAGCGGCAACAAAUUAAUGAAUUUUUUCUAAAUCACAAAGAUGAAGAGUGGUUUAAACUGAAGCAUCAUCCAGAAGAGAGUGUUAAAAGAAAAGUUGAAUUACAAACAGCUUUGAAACGAAGACUUGAUGUAUUUAUGGAAUUAUAUGAAAAAGGUUGGGUUGAUAAUGUUAGCGUUGACCAAGAAAAUGGUGAACAAAUCAUCAAAUUUUUAGAUGCAGUUGUAAUAAAGUUAGAAGGUGGCUCUGACUUUGAUUUAAAAGUCUUGGACAAACCAUAUGAAGAAGAAAAACCAAAAGAAACUUAUUUAGCACCAGAGCCCAAAGAAGAAGACAAAGAAGAAAAAACAGAGGAAAAUGUAACUGUAAAAAAGAAAAGGAAACAUUCUCACAGCUCUCGGUCUGGGGAUGAAAGUUCUGUUGAUUCUGAAUCUGAAGUGGAAUCUGUUCCUCCUGAAAAUGUAGAAGAAAUUGAAGAAGUUCAGAUAGCAGAAAAUGGUGAUAUCAAAAAGGAAACAUCUCAAGCUUCUUCACAUUCUGGUUCUGAAAAGGAAGAAGAUAGCAUGGACAAAGAAGACAGCAUGGAUAAGUCUGAUGUUGUUGAAAAGGAAGAUGUUGAAGAUAGUCAGACAGAAAAAGAUACAUCCAUUAAAGAGGAAAGUAAUGAAAUGGAGGUUGAAGACACAGAAAAAAAACUUGAAGAAGAAGGUGAAAAAGAGGAAGUUGAAACUGUUGAAGAAGACAAGGAGCCAAAACCAAGAGCCCUUCACAAAACUCAUUCGAUCUUUUUGCGAUACUUAGCUCCCUCCAUUACAAAGCAAGAAGUUGAAGCACUUUGUAAACGAUUUCCUGGAUUUCUUCGGGUGGCCAUAGCUGAUCCGCAACCAGAACGUAGGUUUGUGAGAAGAGCUUGGGUUACUUUUGAAAGAUCAGUCAACAUAAAGGAAAUGUGUUGGAAUUUAAAUGGUAUUCGUCUACGAGACAGUGAACUAGGAGCCAUCGUCAAUAGAGAUCUGAGUCGCAGAAUUAGAUCAGUGAAUGGCAUUUCAUCACAUAAACAAGUUGUUCGUGCAGAUAUCAAAUUGGCUGCAAGAAUCAUCCAGAAUCUAGAUCGACAGAAAAAAUUGUGGGAUGAAGAAGAUAAAAAAGAGGUUGAUGAAAGAGAAGGAUUUUUGUUAAGUUCUAAAAAUCCUCUACUUAAAAAUAUUACUGACUAUCUGAUUGAAGAAGCUAGUGCUGAAGAAGAUGAAUUGCUUGGUAUGGGUGAUAAUGAAGAAAAUAAAGACAGUGAAGAAGGAUUUACACUGGAAAAAGAUGAAGCUUUGAUAAAAGUUCUUGAUAGGCUGUUGUUGUACUUGCGUGUUGUCCAUUCUGUUGAUUACUACAACAGUAGUGAAUAUCCUAGUGAAGAUGAAAUGCCUAAUAGAUGUGGGAUAAUGCAUGCGAGAGGAUCACCACCAUCAAGUAAAGUUACUCAGCAAGAAAUCAAUGAUUACAUUGCUCAUUUUGAAAUGAAGAGUCAAAUAUUUCUACAGACACCUUCAAGAUUAAAUGAUGAAGAAUGUGUUAAAUUAGGAAAAAAGGAUCCUGAUGCUGAGGUUGAAAAAUUUAUCCAAGCAAAUACUCAAGAACUUGCUAAAGAUAAAUGGUUGUGUCCUUUGUCUGGCAAAAAAUUUAAAGGUCCAGAGUUUGUCCGAAAACAUAUUUAUAAUAAGCAUGCAGAGAAAAUUGAGGAAGUUAAAAAAGAGGUUGAUUAUUUCAAUAAUUACCUCAUGGAUCCUAAAAGAGCCCAAUUGCCAGAACAUCCUUCUAAUAGAACAGGCCCAAGAAACGAACCACAUGGUAAUGCUGGUGGACAUCCAUUUCAUGGAGGACCUUUCCCACCUCCCAUGCCUCCUUAUGGUUUUGGACCAAGAGGUCCUGGGCCAAAUUUUGGUUUUGGUGGGCAGAAUUAUGGCAGAGGUGCAGAUAUGUAUAGAAGCGGAGGCUACGGAAAACGGAACUUUAACCGCCCACGAACUGAUCCAAGGGAAAUCAUUGGUUAUCAUGACGUGGAUGCUCCCCAAGAUGUGGACUAUUUUUAAAUUUUCUGAAAUCAAGUUUGAACACGCUCUUGGUGUCUCUUUAGACUGGAGCAUUUAUGCUAAAUUUUAUUGUACAUGGACUUUUUAAUGUUUUUGUAUUUUCUUUUUUAAAUAAUUGACAUUGUUGGUGAGGGAUUUUAAAUUGUUAGAUUCAUAUAUGCAAUAUCAUUGUUAAUUUUAUAUUAUUUAUCAACUUGUUGCACAUAUUGUGAGGAAUGUUCACUGCAUUUCCAUGAGUAGUUUUUUUUUCCUCCAAAAUGUUUGUAGUUACAACUAAAUUUAAUUGUAUUCAAAGUACAAAAACUUACUUGAAAAGAAAUUGUCAGCCAAACCUUUUAUAUCUAGUCUGUUAACAAAAAUUUCAAGCAUAUUUUGAAGAGUUUGUACUUUCCAUCUUGUGGCAGUAUGUAGGAGUUUCGUUGUGUUAUAGCUGGUCUUAAUUGUUUCCAUUUACAGAAGAAGCCCACGUUCAGAUUCCAGAAAAAUGAUCACUUACAGAGACCUUGAUGCACCAAAUGACAUGGAUGUCUUUUAAAUGUAUAUAUUUUAGUGACAAAUCAAUGUAUUUCGUUAUGCAUCUUCUGUACUUUUCUCUUGUUAUCACAAAUCAUUCAUUAUCAUUAAACAUUUUU